AUGACUGCUACGCUGAAUGGGAUGUAUAACACAGCCCCAGAUACUCCGUCGCCUGUCUAUCCGGAUAGGCUGAUCCGUCCCCUUCCCAAACGUACUCUUCGCUCUCGGCUGUCUUCCGAGACGGCCGAGUCCAUCCUCUACCCCCCGGCCCCCCCAGCGACCCAACUAUUCUACGGAACGUGUACAGAUAAUGGAGAGGCUGUGAAUGAGUCUAAAGUGUAUGUACAGCAGUGUGACGGCCCUGAACAGACCCCUGAGCGCGACCAUCAUCACCCUUACGAGACCGGCUUUGACGCGGAGAGCGGCGACGAAGAUGGCCCAGUGGUUGUGCGCCGCAGUGCUGGCUUUCGUGAAUCGUCCCCAUCCCCGACGAUGCCACUAGGAUAUUCGGGUAACGGAGCACGGACGCAGAUCAAGUCGUCCUCGGCAGGUCCCGACGGUUAUGAUGCCUUUGAGAACACUAACAAUAAGAAGAAACGCAAGAUCCCCACACCGGGAACCCUGGCGGGUCACCACUCCACGCUCUCGCCUGAAUUCUCCAGCAUGGGCCUCGCGAGCUCCGCACCUACAUCUGGGGAAGGAAGUCAUGUCAGUUGGGCACAGGUUCGGACGUCAGGUCGCCGCGACGGGGUUUCGUCUUCACCAGUUGACACCACUGCCAAAUCUGAUCAAGGAAUCAUUUCUGCUGCUAUAGCUAACGCUGCAGCCUCGGCAUUCUCCUCACCUCCUCGAGGAUCAGGAAAUGUUAGCAUGUUAGAACAGCAGACUACCACCCCCACAAAAACCCAGUUUACCUUUACGUGUGAAUCCGACUCAUCGAAGGGUAUGGCACUGCAAGCGCAGAGUCCAUACCCCGCACAUCGUUCACCCAGUUCCCUACCCCCGGCUGCACAGAACCAGAGAGGGUUCUCUACACAAGGGACGCAGACCAGCCCCCAUGCCAUUUCCCAGAUAGAUCAGCAAGGACAAUUAUCACACCGAGCUCCAGGGGCAGAGCCGACAGCCGUGGGUAAAAAGAAGAAGCGGUCACCUGGGAGUAUCUAUGCCCUGGCUGCACGCCAGCGCAAGAUCCAGCAGCAGUACGCUAACCUUCACCACCCACCAAGCAUGGAAGACAUCUGGAUUUGUGAGUUCUGUGAAUAUGAGAGCAUCUUUGGCCGUCCCCCGGAGGCUCUUAUUCGGCAGUACGAGAUCAAGGAUCGCAAGGAGCGGAAGCGAUUGGCAGAGAAGAAGAGACUAUUGGAGAAAGCGAAGAUGAAAGGUCGGAAGAACAAAAAGGCGACGAAGAACGUGACGAAGAAUGCGGCGGCUCAACCAGCAGCCUAUGAUCUGGGAUAUGACCGGGCGUCUGUCGAUCAUUCCUCCAUGGGUGGGGCAGGACUGCAUGACGAUGACUAUAUAGCAAAUGAGGACGACGAGGAAUCAGUUUCUGCAUCAUCCCCGGCGCCACCUGCCACCCCGACGUGCUUCAAAACUCCGUUACCGCCGGGGAAUCGGGCCACGGCCAUGGCCGGCGCUAAAACUGCGACAGACGGGGGGACGACUCGACCACCCUGACAAAUAAAUGCGCGGCCCAUUCGUGUGGAGUGAUGUUUCACUCUUGAGGCCGUGCUUCUUCGUUUCCUUUGUCGUCUUUGCGUUAUUAUUAGUCUUGGUUUUAGCAUGAUCGCAUAUUAGCCUUUCAUUUUCUUUCUCUUUUUCAGCAAACGGUUACAUAAUGAAUCCCCACUCAGAUACUAAUGAGCAUGACGUCGACAGUAUAAUGCAUGAAUUUCCUGGCUACUGGCUGUAGACCAGGCUGGUAUUCGGUAUCGGAUUAUUUUUGUUAUGUAUGUUGACAUCAUGUAAAUCUAAUGUCUACGUUUUUACGAUCAUAUGCAACUCCCAGGACCCGUUUCUGGUGGACUUUCCAAGGAUGGCCCGAAGGCAGCUAUGCGGCUCGGAUCCCGAUCAACUAUCUGUGGAAGAAUCGUGGCUUAGUAUAUCUGUCGGAGGCCUUUGUGGCUGGUUCCCCAGAUUAGUCCGGCGAGGCUGCUGAGGUCCCGAAGGAUUUACUUGUUCGAUGUGACUGUUCCAAUUGAGUGUGCUAUCUAAGAUGAGCCUGGGCAUUCGGCACGUAGACACCAGCCUCCCCUUUUGACCAUUGAACCAGAUGGGGUGGCUCAAGUUUCUAUUUUGGGUGUACUUCAGCAGAU